GACACCUGGUCACAUUGUCUCAAAAAAUAAUAUUUAUUAUUACGAUAUUAUAGUAGAAAAUUUGCAAUGGAGAGGCUGAACGAUGAUUGUGUGUGCAAUAUACUGGAGUUCCUGCCCCUCGUCGAGCAGAUAAAAAUGGCCCGACUUGCGCCGCGUUUCCAGGAGCUCCUCUGCCUGAUUGUGUGGCGCAAGCCGCGCUACCGGAAGGUUUCCGUAUCCGAUUCCAUGCUAGAACCCCUUUGCAAGGAAGACUACGUUUAUUUCUUCGAGCUCACAAGCCCGGCGAUGGAGGAGCUGUACAUAUGGAACGUGCACAAGAAAGCCUUCGAUUCGUAUUUGGGUCGCCAUCUGAUGAGACCCGAAUUGGCCUUCUACCUACGCAGGGAUUACAGCAGUCUCCGAGAGCUCUGUAUCGCGGACGAGAGCAUGAACAACAGCAUGAUCAACACGAUAGCCAAGAGCUGUCGCCAGCUGCGCAGCCUGAGCGUGUCCAGUGCCUACGUCACGGGGAAACACAUCGCGGGUCUGGCGAAUUUGGAAUCCCUGGUGGCGCCCGAGUGCUCCGUAGAACGGUCUUACCUGGCUGAGCUGCUGGAACAGCUGCCCUUGAAGCACUUGGAUCUCACUUCAAAUCGGCAUCCCGUUGAGGCGACUAUUCUGCAGGCUGAGGGCAGCAAACGACUACAGCGCCUCGGCCUAUCUGAUGCCCUUGACUACGGCUUCCCUCUGGCCGAUGGGCUGCCUCUACUUACCCAGCUAGUGGUCAGCUACCACAAAAUUAGCCCCCAGGAUCAACUAGCCAUGCUGGACUCAACGCGAAAGCGUGUGGAGCGAUCUGAGGGCAAAUUUCCCAGGCGGCUGCAAUCGAUAUUGUGCAAUGUGGUGGAUGUGGAGGUGGCCCUCGAACAGAUUGCGGGCCUAGAAAAGCGCCAUCCAAGGGACACGCCAAAGUUCAACGAGCUGCUAAAAAUCAUGUAUUUCUUGACGAAUCCGCAGGGCGAAGAUAAGAAGUAACCUUGAGAUUGCCGGGGAUCUUUGUCGGAAUUGACCCCCCAUGUUUUCCCCUGUAUAUACAUAAAUAGGUACUAGACGUCACCAGAGUGACAAAUGAAACUGAUAUGUUUAUCAGUUAGCAGCUGCUCCCUAGGGUAAUUAUGUGUCUUCGCAGAUAAGGCUUGUUUGUUCGAGUAUUUUAUGUUUACCAAUAAGUUUUCGGCGCCACAUUCAAACAACUACAUCAGUUUUGAAAAGCUACACCAAAUAAUUGUUUACUUUACUCUUGCAGAGAGUAUUAAACUUUUCCAUACAUACCAAACCAUGUAGUUCAUAUAUGAAAUAUAUUUUUUCUUCUUUAAUUUUCAGAGCCCUAACGGUUUACUACCCUAACAAAUAUAACGACAAGUGAUUAGUUAGUUUGGCUAUAUCUUAUUUUAACGUGCGUAAGACCCUACGGUGUAUAAGACAAGCCUAUAGGAUAUAGUCAACUUUGGGCAAACAAAAAUAUAUAGAUUCUUCAAAAACAACGCAAUUUAAUUCAUUUAACGCAAUCGCUCUAAUGGCUCUUAAGGAUCGUCAGAUCGGCCAGAUUUUGUAACAUAAUUAUUGAAAACAUAAAAAAUACAUUUUAGAACAUUUUUUAUUGUUAGCUUUUACUCUGCGAAAAUAAGUUACAUAGAAAGUUUCUAUUAGAAACCGUAUUGCAUAGAAACAGUAUGGACCAUAACAAUGAACAACAAUUUGUCCAUUUCUUGGAAGGCGACUAAUUCUAAAAUUUUGACCACGAUUGUUUUAAUUGUGUAAACGCCACACUUGAUCUGAGUUCAUAUAAAAAGACUAGUGUAAAAGUUUAUGAGUUUUGAAAAAAUAGUUCGCAAGUUUACUAUAAUUCAUUUGAGUUUUCUGUGUUUGGUAAAAACAUAUUUUUAAUGUUGUAAAUGUCUGAAUAUUAAUUUUUUAAUAAAUCGCUGCCAUACUUC